GGUUUUCACGCCUGCCUAUUUUUCGGUGCCGCAUACUUCAUCAGCAAGACGGGUGCUAAGCCGAGAGUUAGGAUACUACAGAACCUGUUUAUAUUCAUUCUGUUCGUAUUGGGCACCAUUUAUAUCGGCUGUGAUUCUACAUUUCUCGAAAUGAUGUUCAUCGAAGAUCGUGACUUUCCUGGCGGGCCCGCGAUGUUUUUGGAGGCACGAUACGGUGCGUCAACAGUUAGUACCGCCACAAAUUUGUUGAUACUCACUCCUUCCACCUCCUUACAGGUCUAUCGGCUGUGGGUGAUCUGGAGUAAAGACCUUUGCGUCGUUGUCCUCCCGUUCUUCCUUCUCCUCUCCGUCAUCGCGCUCGGAGUGACAGCGUGCAUCAAGACCUCACGCCCUAAUUACAACAUUUGGUCGUCGUCCGCCACACCCUGGAACGUUGCCUUCUGGUCGAUAUCCAUCUUCCUCAACAUCGUCGUCACAUUCGGGAUUGUGCUGCGCCUCCUUUAUAUUCGAAGGCUCAUGAAGAAAACAUUACCCACCCACGACGUCGACACCAGGAUGUAUACUUCCAUAUCGGCGAUGGUGGUCGAGUCGGCUGUGAUACACACAGUGACUUAUACUGCUUAUUUAGUUUGUUAUGCGGUGGAUGCUCCCUUUCAGAGGGUUUUGCUGCCGGUUCUCUCGCAAGCGAUGUGCAUCGCGCCGGAGUUGAUCGCGCUUCGUGUCGCACUCGGACAAGCGUGGUCGCACAAGACGGGUACUUAUGCCGCGAGUCGCAUUGCCUUUCAAGGAGGCCAUCAUGGCACCGAAGUUCCCGGUUUGGUUGCAGUACCUUCCUCUGUGUCCCCUCGUCAAGAUUUACUCGAUAUUUCUCCCAAAGCGGAGCCAGAGACGGUGAUGCUCGAUGAAGGGUAUGAAGAGAUCUGGUUUCCUGGUGGAAGAAGCACCGCAGUGAAAGUUGUCAAGGGCAUGGUAGAGUGA